AUGGAGAACGGCACAGAGGGCAAGAACUUCUACAUCCCCAUGAACAACCGGACGGGGCUUGUGAGGAGUCUUCCUUUUGAGUACCCACAGUAUUAUUUGGCAGAGCCAUGGCAAUUCAAAAUACUGUCUCUCUACAUGCUCUUCCUGAUGGGCACUGGCUUUCCCAUCAACUUUCUGACACUGUUCGUCACAGCUCAGGACAAGAAGCUCCGGCAACCUCUCAACUUCAUCCUGGUCAACUUGGCUGUGGCUGGACUGAUCAUGGUCUGCUUUGGAUUCACAGUCACCUUUUAUUCUUCCCUGAUGGGCUAUUUGUCUUUGGAACCCAUGAGCUGUGCUAUUGAGGGGUUCAUGGCUACACUUGGAGGUCAAGUUGCUCUGUGGUCUCUUGUGGUUCUAGCUGUUGAGAGAUACGUUGUGGUCUGCAAACCAAUGGGUAGUUUCAAAUUUUCAGCCACCCACGCUGGAACAGGUUGUGCAUUCACCUGGAUCAUGGCUGCCUCCUGUGCUGUCCCUCCUCUCAUUGGCUGGUCAAGGUACAUUCCUGAGGGUAUUCAGGUUUCCUGCGGACCAGACUACUACACCACGGCCCCAGGCUACAACAAUGAAUCAUACGUCAUGUACACGUUCACCUGCCAAUUCUGUCUUCCUGUCUUCACCAUCUGCUUCACUUAUGGAAAUUUAGUGUGCACAGUGAGGGCGGCCGCAGCCCAGCAGCAGGACUCUGUAUCCACCCAAAAGGCUGAGAAGGAAGUGACACGUAUGUGCAUCCUGAUGGUGUGUGGCUUCCUGGUGGCCUGGACUCCAUAUGCUAGCUUUGCUGCAUGGAUCUUCUUCAACAAGGGAGCUGCGUUCUCAGCAGCAUCCAUGGCUAUCCCUGCUUUCUUCUCAAAGAGCUCAGCAUUGAUCAAUCCUAUCAUCUAUGUGUUGAUGAACAAACAGUUCCGUAACUGUAUGCUGAGCACUAUUGGAAUGGGUGGCAUGGUGGAGGAUGAGACCUCAGUCUCUACCAGCAAGACAGAAGUGUCCUCUGUUUCCUAA